AUGCCUCCUGCACGUAAGACGAACAGCUCGGCUGGGUACAGCAAUGAGGAGGAUGCUGAGCCUAGCACGCCUCUGUUUGCUGCCAUGCCUGACCAGAUCGCGAACAACUGCUUCGGUCUUUUAAGCACGAACAACACGGCGAGUGACAACAAGCCACAACCUUCGCCCGGUGUCCCAGCAGCUCGUCUCUUCGGUAUACCAACUACUCAACCCCUAGGCCAGUCCGUCGGUGGUGUCAGCGCAAGCCGCCAAGGUGGACUCUUUCCCUCCAGCGCACCAUCGCAAAGAGUUGACCCCGCCGAGGCCCUGGCAAAGCUCAACAGGUAG